UUCACUUUUUCUUUUGCCAAUCUCCUGAUAAUUAGGUUAAAAUUUGAGCUACAUUUGGAUGUAGACCUGACUAAUGAUCAGUCAUUGGUUCAAGUCCACCUCUCACCAACUUGCAAGAGAGAGGAAGACACAGGCCCAGGCUGUACCACAGAACUGACUAUGGAGGAGCACCAACCCAAGCUGCCUCAAACGAAAGAAGAAUAUGCACAAUACCUUAUCUCUCAAGUGAAGAGUGAAUUAAGAAAGAGCCCUUUUGUGUUAAAUGUGUUUUUUGGCUUCACCCUUAUGUGCGUGGAGGAGUUCACUGAGAGGGAGUUCGCAUGCCCCUGCGACACUGGGUGGAAUAGUCUGUUUGCAGCUGUAUAUUUAGUUGUACCUGCAGUUCUGGUCCUUCUGCUGAUGAUAUCCAUUAAAUGUUUCCAGAACAGGAUGGAUUUAAAGGAGCAUGUAGCAAGUUGUGCUUCCAUCUUUGGCCCUGCCAUAUUUUGGAUCAUCAUUGUGUUGUGGGAUGGCCAAACUUUGGCCUGUGCAUUGACAACCUGGUCAGGCAGUUAUGAGGAUUUAGACGAUGCUGCGCCUCAGAAAUGGUGCGAACCAGCCAAUCUCACCUCAUCACAACAGUCUGAGUAUAAGGCCAAGACCCAGCGCUGGUUUUUCAUGUCUCAGGCCAUUGGAUUGGGGCUGAUUAUAACCAUCACUGCUUUUUUCAUAGUAUAUUUAAUCUGCAAAGGUUUAUGGGAGGGCUGUGGCAAGUGCUGCCGUAAUAAAGCCAAAAGAGAUCCAGACACUCCACUUCAAGACAUUUGAAAAUAGCACUAAGAAGAGAAAAUCAACACAACUUAAACAAGGAGUCCGAAGACUUUGGAACUGAACGUAAAGUUAUUACUAUAGAAAUCAUUUAUUAAAAUAAAUCAUGGAUGAAGCUUAGGUUAGUUUUGUUGUCAUUAAUCACAUUGUUGUAUUGAUAGGAACAAGUCUGAUAAUUAAGUAGCCCUUUUUGGUAAAAUAUAGUUUGAUGUGCAUCAGAAGAAAUGUAUCUGGAAUCUGUUUGCAUGUCUAAUGCCAACUUCUUCAUCUGGAGGCCACGUCAUGUCAGUACCUUGGAAGUGGAGAAGGGUGUGUGUACAUGUGUAAAUAACAAGUUCUGCAGAAACAGAUUACAUCAUGAGGCUUUAAAAAAUAUUGACAAGAAAUACUUUACUUAAAAAAUAUGUAUUUUCUUUUAAAUAUUGUUGGUAUUAACUUAAAAAAAACUCCACAACAUAAUCAAGAGUAAAAGAAUAUCAAUGCAUUGUCAAGAUCUUUACAUAGACUUUUUCUAGUAGCUUUUGUAUUUUGCAUAUUUACAUGUCAAAACUGUCAAGCUAAAGUUUCCUUUAACUGUUCUCAGUAAAAGUUUUGUGGGCACUUUGGUCCUUUUGUAUAUGGACGACUUAAAAUGUUUAAAAUAAAAAAUCAAAACCAAAUAUUAAAUAACAACAU